AUGUCAAUCGCGAUUGUUCAAGCGGGCUCCAUUCUAUAUGACACACCAGCUACAUUGGACAAACUUGAAAGGCUUACUAAAGAAGCCGUAGACAAAGGAGCAAAGCUCGUCCUCUUUCCUGAAGCGUUCAUUGGAGGCUAUCCGAAAGGGUCCGACUUUGGAAUCGUUCUUGGUACACGUUCACCUGAAGGCCGUGAAGAGUUCAGCAAGUAA